UUAUCGUCUAAACGGGGCCUAAUAUCGGGAAUUUGAUUAUAUUAUAACAUUCAUGGAUGUCUUUUCGCCUAAGAGGGUAAGUAAAAGGCCUUUUACAAUAUGUGUUUGUACGAAUAAUACUUCAGUUGAGUCCAAUCUUUCUGUCACCUGACAACGAACACAAAUAAUGUUGAAUUAUUAGUUUUCUUUCUUUGACACACUAAUUUUUAUCUGUAGAUAUUCAUUGCAGACUGUCAGACUGUCCUUUAAAAAAAUAAAACUAACAAAAAUUUGUCCUAUGAUGAGAUUUAGUAACAGAUAUCGUAAGAUAUUUUAACAAUCGCUAUCAUUUCUGAAAUUGAAUUUUUUUAAAUAUUUUCAACUGAUGUGAAAUUUUGAGCGAUCUUUGCCGUAAGUUGUUAUUUACUCAAAUUCCUCUUACAGAAGUUGAGAAUGGUAAUGUGAACACAUUUUAAAUGUUUUAAAAUGAUUUCUUAAUUGAAUUACAAAAACUUUGUAGUUCGGGAAGAGGCAUUUUGAAGCAAUUAAUUUAAGGGCCAAAUAUUCUUAGCUGAAAAAUACUUGACAAUUAAGCUUAUUCCGUGCCAUGUCAUUUUAAAAGGCAUGUUUGAAUUCCUGCAUAAAUGAAGAUGUUAAUAACAUUAGCAGAAAUCAAAUUGUAGUUUGACUGGUUCAGGUUACUAACUAUCAAUUAAUGGUUUAAAAUGCUUUGUCCAAAUAAAAUGACAGUUUAUUUAGAGACAUGACAGCUAAAAUGGCAUGUUUUACCUUCUUUGUGGAUGGAGAGAUGUAACAUUUGCAUAAAUCAAAGUUUGGUUUGAUACAUUUGCCACAGUACUUUUGACUCCUUUUUAAAUGGACUUAAGGAUUUGGCCAGUAGAGAUCGCUGAACUAGAAAGGUCUGCCUGCAUUUGUACCAUACUUCAGUUAUUGUGAAUUAAGAUUUAUUAUCCUCAAUGACAAAGGAUAAAAAGUGAAAUAUUCUUAAUGAUACUUUUUUCUGCAAGCUCAGAAUGAUUUUGGACAGUUCAUAUAAAUUGCAGUUCUCAUUUUUAGCUAAGAAACACAGGAAUUUGUCAGGCUUAACUAAAGGGGUAGCUAAAUUAGGAGGUAUUUUUCUCUUAGCAGGGAAAUCCUACCAUAUCUGGUGUGUAAUAAACGCAUUCAGGUGGUAUCAGAAAGUACUUCUUUGAAUGAAAAUUGAAAAUUGGCAGAUGCAACAUUCUUAAUAAUUUUGUUUUAUGAUAUGAAUAACUGCAAAGAAUUCUCCUUCUUAUCUAAACUUAAUUCAUUUAAACUUACCUUAUUUUCAUGUACUCUGAUAAGGGGCUAGUACUCGAAACAUCAGGGUGGGUGGGCUAAUAAGCUCCAGUACAGACUAUUUUUUUUACUUUACGCAUAGGAAAGUUAGUGGAUUGCAGCAGCUAAACGAGUGGACUGAUAUUCUGUUACAUGAUUUGCACUCUUCUGCACCUUCUGAUAAAAAUUCCUUUGAAUCUAAUUCACACAAAGAGGACAAUUUAAAGAAAAACAAGGACAUGGCUAAGGUACUGGUAAAUUAAAUGUAAUUAUAAACUAUUAAAUAUUUUAAAACAUUUCACUAAAUUUAUGAAAUUUAUACCUGUUAACCCAUUGACCCCUAAGAGUGAUAAGUAUUUAAUUUCUCCUUACAAUAUCACCUUUGAAUCACAUAUUAAGGUCAUGAAAAGGAAAGAAAUGAUCACCAACAAAAGAAGCUCUUGAUUGUUAAACAAAUUCUCUUUGUCAGCACCUUAAGAAAUCUGUAAAGAACAGUAUGGAGAAAUCGAAUAAGCAUACUGAUGUUAAGGUGUAAAGGGUUAUUGUAAGAGUUUGAAUAUUUUGAUUCCAAUUAUAGAGUACUAGAACUCAGGUUUAAUUCUAAAUAACUUCUAAAUUUAAAAUCAUUGUUAACAUGAACAUGAUUGUUAUCAAUUUUUUAAAUUAAUUCUCUGGUGUUGCAACUCAAAUUGGUAAAUUAUUGUUCCCUUUGUAUCAGAUUAUGAUAAAUCUAAGACCAAGAAUAAAAAAAGAUAAACUCUGGUUUGGACAAGUUUAAACUAAGAUAAAUUUUGAACUAUAAAAGAUAUGAUUCAUUUCAAGUGAAUCCAUUUGGAAGUCCACCCUAAAAAGGAGGAAUGUUAAUAAGCUGGCAUAAACAGUGUCACUGUCUAACUUUCACACAUUUGAAAAUUUGGUAUUUUCUCACUUGAUAUCAAAAAAAAACCUUGCUUUUUCUUUUAUACUAAAGAUUUUCUCUAUCUUUGAUCUUUGCCGUCCAUUUUGUGUGCACUUGGUCUCCUUCUCCUCUGAAUAAUCUGUUUAUAAUUAAAAUAACCCACCCUUUUAAUUAGGAUGAAACAACACUCUUUCUGUUCUUUAUUCUGUUCACUAAUUUGUUUGAGAGUAACUCUGUCUGUUUUUUUACUCCUGAGUAGUCAUCAUCUGAUGGUGAAAAUAACAGGAACUUUGCUGGUUAUAACAUGCUGUUAGUUGAUCUCCCUCCUUCUCUUGCUUCUUCUGAUGCUGCUGAUGGUUCAAACCUUAAUCUGGUAACAUUUCUUACUUCUUUCUGUCGAUUCUCUUGCUAAUUAUCUUCCUUAUUCAUAGUCUCUGGAUAUAAACUGCUUGCCAUUUGGGUCGAGUUCAUGUUGGUUCCCUUCCUUGCUCUGAGGCUUUUUCUCUAGGUCCUCUGGUUUUCCUCCCUCCUCCCUCCACAAAAAGCAGCAUUCCUAUUCCAAUUCAAUCUGGAAACAGUGCAUGGACAAGAGGCAUCACCUUGUGGAAUUUCCACUUUUAAAUUCCAAUCACUCUUCAUUGUUUUAAGGAUCAUCUCUCCAUCUUGACAGGUUAUACAUCAAUACCAACCCUACUGUCCUAGUGCAAAAUGGUUAGGCGGCUGAUUGCAAUAUUCUCAACUCCUACCACAGAAAAUGAAUCUGCCAAUCUGCCAAUCUGCCAAUCUCCCAAUGAAGUUGACUAAUGUCCUCUAGAUAAGAAUUAGUUGGGACAUUUUUUCAUAGAAGUGGGAGAAUCAAUUAAAUAUUUAAUUCUCCAUUCAAUUGUAAGUGGAUUUUCUUUACUGGGAUAGUUUUACUUAAAAGGAUGUGAAAAUGGGAGAUUGGAAAAAUCAUGGUUUCUGAAAAGUGUGUUCUGUGAGUCACAUUCCUGAGUGACAAAUGCUCUCAAAAUUAAGAUUCCAACACUGUACAUUAAAAAAUGUCUGUUUAAAUUAGAUUUUGAAUUCUUAAACAGGAAAUCAAACAGGGGAGGCGGGCUGCACAGAUUACCCAACCUCAACAGGAUGCUGAGGAGGAUAUUUUAGAUGCAGCUCUUGGAGACAUAGCAACUGAAAGUAAUAAUGCAUUUGCUGCCAUAGAAAAUGAUCAGGUUUGUCAACACAGAACUUUAAGACUGAUAUAAACUAAUAAACGAGCAUUUGAGGUGGGGGGACCACUUAAGGCAACUUUGCACCAUCACUUAAAUUUAUAUUCUGGAUGUUUUCUUUUUUUAGCCUCCACCAAAACCAUCUAGAAGACAGGGAGGCUGGGCAGAUGACACACCCAAAGAGAAGAAAAAAGGGUCAGGAGAAGUCAUUUUGUUUACAGUUUAUAAGCUAGUUGUCAUCUGAGUUUCAAUGAAAUAAGACGGACAUCGGAAUGUAGUGUUCGAGAUCGGACAGUAGGGUCUGAAACUGGAUGGUAGAGUCCGAAAUUGGACAGUGAGGCUGAAAUUGGAGUGGAGUGCGAAAUUGGAUGGUAGUGUCUGAAUUCAGCCAAUGGCGUCUGGAAUAGGAAGGUAGUGAAAUAAAUCGGACGGCAGUGGCGGAAAUCGGACGAUAGUGUCCGAAAUCGGACGAUAGUGUCCGAAAUCGGACGAUAGUGUCCGAAAUCAGACGGCAGUGCCCUGAUUCAUACGGUAGUGUCCGAAACUAGACGAUUCUGUUCGAGAUCGGACGGAAGUAUCCGAAAGCGGAAGGCAACGCCCGAAGUAAUGGAAAGAGUUGUUAAUCCGACGGGAGCUUUGCGAAAUCAGACGGAAACGUUUCACGUCUGACAUAGCUGUUUGAAAUUAGACUCUAAUAUAUGAAGCAUUUCCAAUAAACUUUCCAUCAAUGUCAUACAUCAAUGUCAAAAAACUGGUUUCAUUCAUUGAGUGAGGUUGGCAGUGUUAGGAGUUUGCAUCUUUUACACCUCCAUUAGAAAUCCAUCUAUGGCAUAUUAAGGUGAACAUUGUAACCAGCUCUUGUCAGCAUCGGGCCGUUCGAUGUGCUUUGGCGGAAUUUAAAACUCACUGAAUCUGAAUAAAAGUAUCAUUGAUGUCAACGCAGGUCGCCAAACUAAUGACUUUCGCUGGAAAUUUAGUCGCCAAAAUUAUUUUUUACUCGUCUUGGCAGAACAGUCGCAGCUUGGAGAGCUUGAUUUACAGAAGCUCAUCGAUUGCUUUUUUUUGUAUUUGACAGGAGAAGAGACGUGGAAACCUUCCAAGAAGAAGAGUAAGCUUUUACAGUAUUUUUUUUUGAAAAACGAAGGCUCCCAAGUAAUUCACAUUUCACUAAAAAUAAAAUAUUUUGUUUUUCUUGUGUAGUGAAAGACUCAAAAUUGAUAACUCAGUUACGCAAGAUGAGGAUGAUGGUGGUGAGAAGAUAAAUAACUUUGUCAAAUUUGAUCGUAUUUUACUGAAACACUCAUAGGCUGGACAAUCAUAUAGCUCUUAUCUGGUUUCUUUGUAUCUUAUUCCAGGCGUUCAGUUGGUAAAACGAAGCGCUAUAAUAUUCACCUUCGAGCAGCUUGAAGAGACUAAAUGGCGCGCCAAGAGUUUUUUUUUUCAUUUCGUUUCUCGGUUCAUUGACAGACGUUAACUGAUGUCUUUUGGUUUUUGUGUAAUGUGUACGAAAUGGCGCGCCAAAUGUUUUUAAAUUUUCUUCCUUUUUUCGGUACAUUGACAGACGUGAACUAAUUUUUUUUUUUUGGUUUGUGCGUGAUGUGUACUAAAGUAAUUAUUCACUUCAAUUUUGGUGACAGUGAUGGUUAUUUACCUCGCUGCUCCGUGGCUUAGUAAAAAGUAUCUUUCCACUUCCAUUUCGGCGAAUAAUUGUCUACUAUCUCGAUGGUUACUGGAUUUGGUGGUCUAUGAAGAUAAACCGUUUUAUUCAUGAGCACGGAACUCUCACAGUGAAAGAAAGAAAAUACUUCUACUUUCCAGUAUUUAUACAAAAUUGGAUUUCUUUUCCUCAGAUAUUCCUGUCAUCCCAGACUUAGAGGAUGUACAAGAAGAGGACAUGAUGACACAGAUUGCAGCCCCACCCAGGUGGGAUGUUACUCUACCCACGGAAGGGGGGGGGGUGGGGUAGACAAAUAUUCCUGUGAUCCCAGACUUGGAGUAUGUACAAGAAGAGGACAUGAUGACACAGAUUGCAGCCCCACCCAGGUGGGAUGUUGCUUUACCCAUGGGGGGGGUUGCAGGAAUUUCCAAAGAGUGGCCCUAGCAUUCUUUGUUUUGAUUAAGGGGCAUACCACGAUUUUCUUUCUUUUUUUUUUUUUUUUUCGGGGGGGGAGGGAUGGGGGCCAACUGCACCUUGGAAUUCCAUCCUCUAAAUUAGACCCUUGCCCUUGACCUCUAUUAACGCUGUUACUCUCCGGAAUGAUCAAAGAGUAAUUUCUUCUCACGAUAUCGAUACAUUGUUGCACAGAUAGGAGAUGGGAAGGAUGAAAAAUAUCAAUCAGGAUAUAGAUUGAUUUAACAUUUAAUUCUUAGAGCAAAAAAUAUAAGAAAUAUGGAUAGACAAUGCUGAUAAUUUACAUGUAGAUCUUGGGAAUGAAAGGGUUGUGUUGGCCCUUUUAUUCUUAAAACGUCCGUGAAACUUGUGAGGUUAACUGAAUUCUUUGUGAGGGAAAUAGGAGUCGUUUCAAAGGAAACUCUUUGAAACAAAAAUUAUCUCAGUUGUGUCGUAGGGGAAUCUUUGUUUCACAAAAUGAGCUGUUUCGAAAAUCUAAUUUUUCAAUUUUUCUGUACAGUGUGCAAGUAAACAGAGUGGCGACCUACAAGGAACUGGACAGUUAUUUUCAGAAACAAUCAGCGCUCUUUAAUGUUAACUUACUUGUGAGUGUUUUUAAAUCAGGAAAGGUAGAAAAAUCCUGGUUGUUUGAGGAGAGGAAAUUUGAAUGUAGAGAAACUGAAACCCUGCAUCGUUUAAACUGAACACAGAGAAUCUUAGCAAUGCUUUUUCCACAACGGAAACACUUUCGAGUAAGAGUAACCGGGAAAUCGUCAGAUAUCUUAAUGGGCGCUUGUUGAACUAGUUUUUUCAAUUCCAAGCAGUCUUUUAGGUGCUAAUUUUUUGCACACGCAGGAAAAGGAGAGAAUUUUUCUUCAUGUUGGUCUCUGUUUUCUUCGUCAAGAGAGCUUAUCGGUAUUCAACCUUUAUUCCUUCGAGCAGUUUUCAAUGGGGUAUCGAUUAGACUGCUUUGUUUUGUUUCCGCUCUAUGAUUGGUCCAGAAAACUCGCGCUACCAUCUCAACCAAUCAGAUACAAACCUAACACCAAUCCCAACUUGGUCACCCGCGUUUUCCCGCCCCCGAGCAAGCUGCCUGUUUUUACUUUGAGUUCUCGUAAUGAUGUUAACCUUUAAUCCCUAAGAGUGACUUGCAUCUAAUUUCUCCUUACCACAUCAUCCCUGAAUCAAACAUAAAGGUCAGGAGAAUAAAGUAGCUGAUCACCGACUAAAGAAGCUCUUGAUUGUUAGACAAAUUCUCCAUGUCGGCAUCUAAGGUAAUGUUCAGAGAACAGUAUGGAGAAUAUGCAUACUGAUGUUAGGAUCUAAAGGGUUAACCUUGGUUAAGCUAUUUUCUGUUUUCACCUUGAAGGAUGGAGAAAUAGACCUCAAACUUCUGACGAACGUUUUGUCACCAGAAACGGAGGUAUUUGAGGUAGGGCACAAUAGCCAUGUUUUCACGCUGCUAGUUUAUAAUAAAGUGAACAGUGUGCGACCAAAAUACAAAUGAAUAAAGGGGGUAAGUUUCUAAAGAAACUGUGGUGCUGCGUCGGUGGGAGAGUAUAACAGGGUAAUUAAGUAUUAUCAAUUGAGUUGAUGACGUGAAUUGGCCACCGUGAAAAUUUUUAGAGCUGAACUUUCGAGCGUUAGCCCUUCGUUAGAGCGAGUGCUCGAAAUACUAAAUUAGCCUGCGACCAAAUUAGCUUGAGUAGAUAUUCUUUUAGAAUCCUACUAUCAUCUUAGUCAGCACAACGAUGCCGGUUGGGUUAAGGUUAAAUUGUGGAUUUUUUAUGUACAAGUGAGCUACGAUAGUGCAAGGUGCCCAUGUUUAAGCUGUGCUAGUGAAAUUAGGCAUUGUAGCUGAACAGGUACCGCGCUGGACUUGGAUGCGUAAGGCCUGGGUUAGAGGCCGAAGUGUGUAAGGUGCUUGAAAAUGUAUCGAUGCUGUUAGGAGAAAUUCAUUGAUUGGUCACACAUGGGAGUGAAAGGGUUCAACUGUUCUCUUUUUCAUUAUUUAAUCCCAUAGGAGGAUAAACAGUGGGACUGGGACCGACUAUUCACUGAAGUUGCGUCUGAGCUGCAAAGUGAGUGGAACACAGACAAAGUAACCGAGGAAGUUGAGGAAUCCUAGAGUAAAAAACGCACUGUAAAGCUUAACAUAAACAUUUUAACUUAUUGACGAUAAAGGAUGGCGUCGGACCAAGGAUUAUCCCACUUUAUGAAGGCAGCGCAGACGAACUCAGUAAUCAAGCAAAAUGUUCAGCCGUUUUGUUGCCAUCUUGCGUCGUUUCUCCAACUUAUUUGAAUUUUUCUUUCUUGUGCAUCGGUAUCUGUUACACAGUUUUUCGUUGGUUUGAUAUUUCGUCUUUGCAAAUAGUAGCGUAUACCAUCAGCACAUUGUACAUUGCUAACCUGGAGAUAAUUAUUUAAGUAUCUCAAAAUAAAAAAAAAAGUAGUAACUGUUAAGAUUGCAAAUUUUCCAGGAUAAUUGGAAAGUGGAUUGUUCCGAUUUAAUACCAAUGGGCAUCCGAAAUUCGUCUCGAAACCAUGAACUAGUUGUAACUGAUAAAAUGGUCUCAAUAUGUGGCAGCUCAAUGUCGUUCCCAGAGGUCACCCUUCCCUAAUCCCCU